CGACUCGCUCGAGCAUUUCCCUGCGGCUACUGCGACUCGCCGUUUUAUUGUUCGUUCAACCCGAAUUGAACUGCUUCCAGCCGACACCGUUUGCUGAAACGCCCCUGGGACAACGGUCCUCGACAACACCCCGGGGAGGUUUGCACGUUCCUGGCAGCGAAGGCGAAGGAACUUGCCUGGGACUAUCUCUGGUGAUCGCACGAACGCUCGCUGCCCGGUGGCAGCCGAAUCCCCCGGUCGACCGCAUCCGGAGAUCGAAGUGCGACAACGGUUUCUGAUCCGAUCGAUUUCUCCCCUUCAAAAUGGUCAACAACAGCCCUGGGCUGAAUGGCAUCGUCAUCGGCCUGUUGUCAUCCUUUGGGUCGGCCAUCCUGAUCCUUUGCAUUUUCCUGGCAUUCUAUUUCUUUAGGUUCACAGCGUCCGGACGCAUAUUUCUCGACCGUAUCGGUCGGCCGGGCGAAUACGAUGACGAGCAAGAGUUUGCGCGCGAGGAGGCGGAGGCCUUGGAGACGAUGGAUGACUUGCAAAGGACCGAGUAUCUAAGAGCCAAAGCUUUCAUUGCUGCGAAUCCCCCAGAGUCGGUACAAACCGAUAUUUCGCUAUCUCAAUAUCUGGCCAUCCAAGAGAAAGGCGUAUCGGCCUGGGAGUUUGAACCAGAGUUGGAAAUCGCCAACUGCUUCGUCGAAGCCCGGACCGAGAUUGAGUUCUUCGAUUCCGAGUGCACUGUCUUAACCAACCUGCCCGUCCCAAAGCAAAACGACGUUUAUUACUGGGAAGUGAAGAUCUAUGAUAAGCCCGAGAAUACACUCAUAAGCAUAGGCAUGGCCACCAAGCCGUAUCCCUUGUUCAGGUUGCCGGGUUUCCACAAGUUCUCGGUCGCCUAUCUCUCCAACGGUACACGUCGCUAUAACCAGCCCUUUAUGGCUACUCCCUAUGGCCCUCCCAUCGUGCAGGGCGAUGUCAUCGGCGUCGGCUACCGGCCCCGAACGGGAACAAUAUUUUUCACGCGGAAUGGCAAGAAGUUGGAGGAUGUGGUUCAUGGGUUAAAGUCGCAGAACUUUUUCCCGGCAGUCGGCGCGGCGGGCCCGUGUGUGGUUCACGUCAAUCUCGGGCAGGCUGGUUACGUCUACAUCGAGGCCAACGUGAAGAAGUGGGGUCUCGCUCCUAUGACCGGCUCUCUGGCGCCACCACCACCCUACGGCGUCGAAGCAGAUACCGUUCUCCUUGAGACAGGAAAUAAGGACGGCUUCAGCUCACAGCUUCGAGGACACCGAUACAGCAACUCCGCUCAGCUACCCACGCAAGGGCCAAACGUUCCGGAUACUGGCCACGCCCGCUCAAGAUCGGGCAACUUCCGCGUUUUUCCACCUACCAGUCCAGGUCCUCUCCGCAGUCCGACGGAUAUUUCCCUCGCGCACCUGAUACCGACAGAUGACGGCGGGGAACCUAGCAACAGUGCUGCAGCGCUCGUACAUCCAGGCCAAAACCCCAACCACCCAGCAGUCGUCGGCCUCGGUCUGGUCGGUAUCCAGAACCAGCCGCCCCCCGAGUACACCAGUCCCGAGCACUCCGACUCGGAAGAAACAAGCAGCAGCAGAAGUAGCUCCGACAGCGACAACGCACCCUUGAUCCGUCUCACGAGGAGCCGUGGCGCGUCGCUGGCUACCGUAAGGGGGGUCAAUAACGCAUCCGCACCGCCUGCCGCGCGGGAACCGCCUAGCCCGCCGAUCCCCACAUACCAAGACGCUAUCCGGCAGGGCGCAGGGCGGCACAGGAGUGAUAGUGCAAGGAGUGCGGGGACUGCGAGGCGAGAGAGGUGAUGCGCGGUCCAUAAGCGGGCCCCAUGUCGUUUUCUUUUUGCCAGUGGUGAACUGGAAUUAUACCCCUGGGACUGGCUGGGCUGUCUCCGAUGGAAGUUUACGCGGUUUCGGUUGGUUGGCUGGCUGGUCGGUUGGUUCUACCAGGCAGGAGAGGCACUGGCGUUGAAAUCGUGAUUGGACCUCAGGAUUGGGGAAGCAGAACGCAUCAAAGACAUCUUC